ACGCGCAGUCGCGCCCGCGCUAGCCAUGGCGGCCGCCGGCCUGCCAGACAUCGACAUAUCCGAAAUAAAAACGCGCUCCAUCGAGAGAACCUUGCUCCCUCUCAUCAAGCAGAUCAGCAGCCUGGUGGCAACACGAGGCGAAGCUGCAGGUGGGGCGGCAGUGCAGCGCGUGGGUGCUGCUGUAUGUUGUGCUGUCGAACGGUUCGUCGCUGUCGGCGAGACAAUAGCCGACGAUAAUCCUGACGUGCGAACUAACAUGGUGCUUGCCUGCAAGGAAGCGCGUGCUGCAGGACGUGCUAUUGAGCGUGUGUGCACGGGCGCGGACGGAGCAGGCAUGGUAUCAGCGGCGCGCGCGCUCCUCGCUGCCGUCACCCGGGUACUCCUACUCGCAGACAUGGUCGUCGUGCGGCAGUUGCUUUUGGCUAAAGACAAGGUGGCGCGCUCUUUGGACAGAUUGGAGUCGGUAUCGAAUUUUGCCGAGUUCGUGAGAGCAUUCACGGAAUUCGGAGGCGGCAUGGUCGAGCUCGCUCGACUCACGGCGGAGAGACGGGCGGACCUUCGUGAUGAACGUAGAAGAGCGCAGGUUGCUGCAGCGAGAAACGUACUCGAAAGAUCCACACUCAUGCUCCUCACAUCCUCCAAGACGUGUUUGCGGCAUCCGGGCAGCGCAUCGGCGAGAGAGAACAGAGACACGGUGUUCUGUCAGAUGAGACGUGCUAUGGACCUCAUCCAUUACGUUGUACGAGAUGGACUGCCUGGUCACGACGAGCCAUCACAUGAGGCCGCGCAGUGGGAGGCAGGGACCGCGCUGGGUGCACUGCGGGGUCUGACGGCACAGGUGCGGACCGCGAGAGCGCGCGGCGGCGCUGACGCAGCAAGGAGGCGGGCCCUCGCGUCGACCCUGCGCGCACUCGUAGAACGAACACACGACUUUACCGACUCUGCCUACACCUCACACGAUCACAGACAGAGAAUAUUAGCGCUCGCGGAGAGAAUAGCGUACGAGUUGGAAAGGCUAGUAGCUGUCGCAGUGUCCAUGGAGGAGCAAGGUACCAGUGGAUCGGGUGCAGCGCUAGAAAGUGCAUGUACGGGUGCCACCGGUGCCGCUUCGGACCUAGAACGGGCGCUGGUGGCAGCCGCUAGGGACCAGGCCCGAGACCUAGCACCGCUCGCCGAAGAAGCGCGUCGCCUCGCGUCAGACCUCGCGCACAUAGCUAGUUCCUGUGGUGAGAGAGAAUCAGAGAGACUGCACAAUAUAGCCAGCCGGCUGCAUGAACAAUUAGAUCAUAUAAUAGAGGUAUGCAAAUUGUUAAGACAUAUAGCUAUGUCAGAAACCUUACAAGUAAGCGCCAAAUUUGCCGAGAUCAACCUGAGGAUAUACGGUCCUCAAGUGGUAACGGCGGCGCGGACGCUGGCAGCUCAUCCGGGGAGUGCGGCCGCGCGAGAGAACCUGGACGUGUUUUUGGAUAUGUGGGCGUGGCUACUCGCCGAUGCGGCGAGAUUAGCGAGGGAAUUACUCGAUCUCACAGACGAUCGACCAGACAAACAACAGUACAGCAGCCUUCCUAGGCCAGGGAAACAUGGUACCACGAGCAAACCAUUAAAAGCGGUACGUCUAGACUCCGACGAGCAAGCUAAAAUUGCAAAGUCUGGUCUAGAAAUGAAGAUGAUGUCCUCUGAGAUGGACGCAGAGACUGAGAAGUGGCAAGGCGCUGCCGCUGAUGAAAACAACGACAUUGUGAAGAGGGCGAAAAAUAUGUCUUCCAUGGCCUUCGCCAUGUACCAGUUUACAAAAGGCGAAGGUCGUCUAAAUACUACCCAAGACCUCUUCACGCAAGCAGAGUACUUUGCAGAAGAAGCAAAUAGACUUUAUAAAAUAGUACGACAAUUUUCAUAUCAGGUGCCAGCUGGAACGACAAAAAAGGAAUUGUUAGAACAUCUAGAUAAAGUACCUACGUACGUACAGCAACUACAAUUUACUGUAAAAGAGCCAACGGUGGGCCGCGCAGCCACCUUCAGUAAAGUGGACAACGUCAUCCAAGAGACUAAACACCUCAUGAAUGUCAUAAGCAAAGUUGUAACCACAUGCUUUGACUGCGCGAACAAGUAUUCCCUGUGUAUGCCUGAGAGAGUCCCUAUGCAUUGGAAGCCAAAUUUACGAAAAGCAUCCACAUUUAAGAGUGAAAAUAGUGUAUUGAAUGGUUGAAUACAAACUGGACUUCACGGGUCUGUCAGCGGGCGGGGCGGGCUCCGGCGGCGGACGAGGUACCUCCCGAGAAGAGGACGGCGGCGGGGGUGUGGGAGGGGACGCCAAGCCGGGGGGGAGUUCAUCAGACACGGCCAUGUGACAGUACGGCAUGGGCCGGCGCGGAAAAGGCGACGCGCGCCGGACCAGGGUCAGCUUCCUCUUGUUUUAAGGACGAACGUCUUACGAAACAACACGUCGCCAACGGUCGGAUGGACGAAUAUCGCUCCGUGUCACGCAUAAUACUGGCAUAGAAAUCUUUUUUCCCCAUCCAUAUUUGUUUUAGCUAUAACGUUAUAAUAAAGCUAUGUUAAAGAAAAAGUUUAGGAAUUAGAAUAGCGUUUAUUUUUUAAUUUAUCAAAUGCUAGAACAACGAAUAGAUUCGUGUCAGUGUAAUGCGUUUCCUGAUCAAUAUUUCGUCCUGAGAAUCAAAUGGAUCUGUGACUACAUUAUAAUUAUUAUGCCUAUUUAAAUGUAGACAUCGAUACGUUUGAUGCUUUAAUACCGACCAUUUUUGCUGUGAAACUAUUGAAUAUAGCAACUACUGAGUGCAUAUUCAGUGGAUUACAGCAUAUUAUAGGUAAUAAUAAGAUGGACAGUACGAUAUACAAAUUAAGUUUUUAAAUAUCACUUGCGACACACAGAAUUGCGCCAAUUUAAGAGGCGUAUUAGAAUAAGUUUGGACUCGUAAUUGAUCUAUAGAGUAGAUCGCAAGCGUGCGCACGCGGCGCAUUUGGCUGUGGGUCUAAGUAUUUUACUGUUGUUUAAUAUUAACUUGUUACUACUUAGGUCUUUAAUAUUAACACUACGUGUCAUACUUUCUCAGAGUUUCUGUAUAACUAGAUUAGAAAACAUACGCUGGCACUUGUUGCAAAUUACAAAUUUUUGCCUCGACGAAAUGACUUUGUGAUCAAUAAUAAGGAGAAGAGUGAAAAUGUACAAUAAUUAAAUACUUGUUACACUUACAUAAUGUUACACAUUGUUACAUACAAUACGUAAACAAUAACACAAAGAGCAUAUUUUUUUAAUUUUCCCCAUGACCUAUUUAUUAAGUGUACCCUAAUAUAUAAUUCUUUAUAAUAUGUACCCUAUAUCACCCUGCUAUAUCUAUGCUUGAUAUUAGAGCACAUUCCGUGGUCCUGACGCACUUGUUUUCUUUAUGCACGUACAGCUUCCUACAUUUAUUUUCAGCAAUGGUAGGUAUCCGUAUCUUACAUGCUAUACCACCACAUUCUACUUCAUACUAACACAAUUGUUACUCUCGCAUUCGAUGUUAUGCAUUAGUCGUUUCAAUUUCAACGAGGUUUGUAAAUAUAAAUUUAUAGAGAGGUAAUGAUGUUCGAUAUGGCCGGUGGCUGAACAUUGCAUGAUUGUGAAUCGAAAUAAUAGAUGUGUGUUGCAUGUGUGUACUUGGUUAUCGUAAUGGUUGUCGUACUUCAUCUUGUUACGGAGAUGUUUAACGUUAAGAUGAGGGAACUUGACUCUGGUGGCUAUAAGCACCCACGUUCGCCCGAAACACAAGUGUUAUAUAGACAGGAGCGGAUAGCCAGUCGGCCGCCGCGAGCGCAUAUAAAACUUAACUCAAGAACAGGACCGUAUCUAGAUGCAAAACCUACAAGUUUUAUGAAAUAAAAUAAAUAAGUACCCAACGGCAUCACUAAUUGCUAAAACAUGGUUGUGACAUUAU